AUGGAAGAAUCCAGUGUGCUGUGGAGUGACGAAGAAAGCGCGCUUUUCAACGAAUCCACUGGACUUAACUCCAGUUCGGAAGUCAUCGAAUCCACGCCAAUCACCAAUCGGGCUCGUGCGCCGUUAGGAGGAAGAACACGAGAAGAAACUCCGGAUUCUCUAAACUUCUAUACGCUUCCCUAUCGGAUUGCUACGGAGAGAAAUCUGUCAGUUGCUGAUUUUUGUUGUCGCCAAAGAUGUGGUCUCAAGCUGAUUUCUUACAGAGAUUUGUUUCCAUCACUCGGGACAUCCCCGAACAUUUUGUGGACAAGCGCUUUCGCCACACCUGCGAGGUCCGAUUCGAGUGCGAAAAGGUUUCCUGGACUGCGUUCCAAUUUUUUCAAAAAUACGACUCCAGUUACGCCGAUCACGGCACCGUUGAAAGAACGUUUUGUCCGUCAGCGAUCGUCUCUACGACGCGUCGAAGUUUGUCAAAAUCUCUCCCCUUUGAAACUUGGGGAAACCAUGGAGAACUGUACCUCUACAAAGAAUGAUCUCAGUCCCGGAGAUGAACCUACACUCAAAGGCAAAGAGAAUAUGAAUCCUUCCGUAGCUGUAAAAGAGUGGGAUGAUUUCGAGGUGGGAGCCAGUCAAGAAGCUGAACUGGCCGAACAACUCGAUCUUCUAGAAAGUGCCUUUGAUGAGUCGUCUGCUCGCGUCGAAUGCACGAUUACCAAAGAACGUAGUAAUCUAGAUGGACCGUCUCCCGUGAUCGAACGAACUUUUUCCACUCAAAUAAAGGACUUCUUCGAUUGCACCGAUUCGGAGCUCGAAAAAGGGUUGCUCUCUGUGGCUGAAAAAGCGGAAGAGGAAAUUAAAUCCAGUGCCAGCUUCGGUUUUAAAACCUUGGCCGGGAAAAGUUUAGGACCACUUUCUCAGGCUGCUGUCGAACAAGCUCAGAAGCUUUGGAACACUUGUAAGGAAGAUGUCGUUACAGCUCCAUCAGAGGAACCGGAAUUGAAAACUGUUGGUUUUAAAACGGCGGCCGGAGAACCAUUACCUUUUUCGCAAGCUGUCUUUGAAAAGUAUGCGUCUGAGUUCGAAUGCGACGAAGUCGGGGAAAAUCUUCCCGUGGAAGUAAAAGCGUCCGUUCUUCCUUCAUUGCCCGUGCCUUCACCGUCUUUCAAUCUUAGGACGAAUAUUUCGCUAGUGCCGAAAGACCCUAAAUUGGCACUAGCAGCCAAAUUGUUCGGUGACAUCGAAGGCAUUGAUGAACUGAUGUCCGGAGAUUUCGAAAGUACUACCUCGGAUAGCUCCAAAAUCAAGAGAGCUGGUGCAAGUUUAUCCGACCCGUUUCCGAAAGAUUUCACUCCGAAGCAAAACGCAAAGAAGGAUUCUUCGAGGCAAUCCUUAUUUGAAUCGUUUGCAUCAGAAUGCAAAGAUUUAAAUUUUGGCUUUCUCAAGACAUUGUCGACCAGUUCAACCUCAGCUGUUCAAAGAAUGCCAUCUGGAGGAAUGUCACGAAGCAGUUGCACGCCCAGUGCUGAGUGUUCUAGUACCCCCAGAGGUUUAUUCCGCACCACGUGUCAAAUUCGGCGAGCAGAUUCAAAAAUUUCUGAGAUCGUGAGCAAUGUUAUUUGCGAAAAUGUUGCUUCAAAUUCUGGAGAAACCACGUUUUCUGAACCGGUGAAGAAUGGUACAAGCAAAGCAGGUGUUCCGAGUCCCGAGGAAACCAUGUCGAAGGAACUCGAUGACGACUUUGAGAACUCCAUGGAAUUUUUGCAGAAGUUGAAAGAACUUGAAGAGACUGUUGUUUCUGAUUCCGCGGGUGCAUCGAAAAUGUAUCAUACGAAAACUCAAACGGAGCCUGUGUUUGAACCUCAGGGUUCGCCAAUUGCUGUGAAGCGAAGUUGCUUCGAAGAUUCUGGAGGAUUACCUGAUCUUGAUGACGUGGAACUUCCUGUCCCUGCAGAAUGUGGUGCUGAUGAAUCCGAGGAUUUUUCUCUGAUCACUCGUUCCCCAUCUCCUGUCGUAUCAUCAGUACACCGCUCAAGAUGUAGAGGAUCUAAUUCACCCUGUGGCAGAAAUUCCUUCGCGAAAUCCGCGACGUUCUUUGAAACGCAAACGGAGUAA